AUGAAGAUUCCUUCAACGGCCGCAGUCAGCCUGCUCCUCACGGUCGGCACUUCUGCGCGGUCAAUCAUCCACAGUGGUCAAGGCUUUGGAACCUACUACUACGAUAUCGAGCAAAUUGAUAGCUGCGUUGCCAUGAACAAAACCCAGCUAGGCGCCGACCCGUCUAUGUACUGUGGUAGGAGAGUUGUUGUCUCCGUCAAUGGACAACAGUCUGACCUGCAGCUCUUCAUUGGAGACGGCUGCCAGCGCUGUGGCCUCGGCUCUUCUGUCAGCGAUAUAUGGAAUGCAGAGGGUGCUCCGGGCCUUGAUUUCAGUUACACGGUCCUAGACAAGUUGUCUGGUGGCAACGCUUGUAACGCUGGCCACUUAGCCAUCUCAUGGGAAAUCAUUGACGAAAGGAUGUAUGACUUUGACGGUAGCUUUUCAGGCUUUGUGUCGUUAUCCGAGCCAAAACCUUCCUAUACUGCUGCCGGUGAGCCCUUAGUUCAGUGUCCAGCUCAGUCCGAGGCCCUAACAACUAUGACCGUCGGCACGUCAGCUACUCAAGCUACCGUGUACUCCACAGCAUGCUCAGAGGACGCAUGGCAAUGCAACGGUGCUGUUCUUGAGCAGUGCAUCGGAUCUAUCUGGAACUCUCGUAUUACAUGUACUACUGGUUCCGAUUGUCAGGGCGGUUCUAAUCCCUACUGCAUCUGA